AUGGAACCCUUGAAUUAUGUGGUGUUCGUGUCUCUCCCAUCUGGGGACUAUAUGUUAUGUGCUUCUAUGUAUCCUACAUGUGAGCUUUUACUUGGAGAUAUUCCAUUAUGUGCUAAUUUGAUACCUCUUGAUAUGGUACACUUUGAUAUAAUUUUGGGAAUAGAUUGGUUAGCUGAGUAUCAUGCAACCAUCGAUUGUGUGUCUAAGCAAGUUGUGUUCCACCCACCAGAGACAACCGAGGUGAGUGUUGAAAAUAUUCAGAUUGUUAAUGAGUUUUCGGAUGUAUUUCUUGAAGAAUUUCCAGGGGACUUGAUAGACCAUGAGAAUGAGUUUGUUAUUGAUAUUAUACCGGGGCAUGUGAUUAACAAGGGUGGGGUGUCUGUCGAUCCACAAAAGAUAGAGGCUAUUGUGAAUUGGCCUGCUCUUACCAAUGUUACAGAAGUACACAGUUUUAUCGGCUUAGCGGGUUACUGUCGAAGAUUUGUUAAAGAUUUCUCUAAGAUUGCAAUGCCACUUACCCAGUUGACUUAA